AAACAUCAAUACAUAACUCCCCCAUUGAAUGGAAGAGUCUAAGUUUUUACCUGUUCAUUCACCUAUGAAAGGUGUAUUGUGUUGUAAUAAACGAGAAAUAAGCAAUUAUUAUUCAAAAACCGGACUUGUGGAAUUUCGUUGGUGUUUAUUUUUCAGUGGUGUGGAAUUACAGAAAAUAUACGUGUUUUAAAAUUGAAGAAAGUGGUUUUGGGAUAUAAAUAUGGUGACAGUUUGGUAAUUUCUACAUUACGGCGAAAGCGAAAAAACCGCCCAGGUAAGCAAGAUUUUAGAGUACUGCCAAUUUAGCGGAAGCAUUCAAAAUGGCGACCAUGGCAGAAACCGAUUCUAUUGAGAGAGGUUUCCGGCGCCUCUCGUCCAUUUUUAACCCGCCUGUGCUGGACGCUCAUAAGUGUCAUAGGUGCAAGAACGCAGUCUACCACGCAGAAAGGAUGGGGCCAGUCCACGAGGUCAUGUAUCAUAAACACUGCUUUAAAUGUGUCGUCUGCGACCAACAUUUGACAAUGAAAAAUUGUUUCACUAGCCAGGUGGACGCUGAAGACAGAGAAAUAUAUUGUUCCAAUCAUUACCCGCGUGUCGGUGCAGCUAAAUACGGACAGAACGCUAUUGGUAUACGUGGCCCUGUGAAAGCUCAAGAAAAUUAUAGAAAAAUGAGCAAGAAAUUAGAUAAUCAGGUUCGUAAACCCGGAACUGUUCGUAUACCUUCAUACGACGCUCAGGCAAUAGCAAUUAAAAGGAUUUUAACAUCACCAAAGGCGCAGGAAUACACGGCUGCUGUGAAUGCGCAGGCGCAGAAGAGCCUGCCUCCGGACGCCAUGGGUAUCAAGCAGCCCCUUGCAGCACAGAAACUCAGCAAAGUAUACCAACCUAACCAUCCAGGACACAUGUACCAACCAAAGUACAAGAAGAAACUUGUCGAAGCUCAGGUUCAGCUUGAACAUGUCCAUCGGGAAGAGGAAGACAAACUGCUCAAGAAUUUCCAGAUGGAGAGAGAGAAAGAGAAGAGAAAACUGACAGAUGAGUUGAACAAAGAAUGGGAGGUGAAACUGAAAGAACUCACAGAUAUGUUUGAAAAAGAUAUGUCCAAGAAAAAGAAGAAGAUGGAUGACAGAGAGAAAAAGAUGAUGACGAUACAGUUUGAAACCCAGAAGAAAGAGUUAGAGAAAUCAUUGACAGUGAAGAAAGAGAAAAAGAAGGAAUCCAUGACGUUGAGAUUGAAGCAGAAAGAACAAAAUAUGACGUCAUCACUCGUGACGAAACAGAGCGAACAGAUGUUGGAUCUUCUGGCACAGAAAAAAGAGGAACUGAGAAAAGAUCUGGAAAAGGAAUUGGAAGCUCAACCGCCCACAAUGGUUGAUCCACAGAAUGAAGAAGUUGUGAAAGAGAUUAUCGAGACAAUGGAGGUGUUAGAACAAACAAAGAAGACCGAGCUGCCUGCUCCACACCCUCCUGCCUGCAGGAAAAACGAAAUUUAUACAGAUCCUAAUGUGUUCGAUGCCCUAGAUGAUAAAGUUAUUCAGGUAGCCCAGAAUGAGCAAAUGACCUAUACUGACCUCGUACACGAACUGACGGACGGUCUGCUGACAGACUUGGAAAAGGUCAGGGCGAUAUUUCGUUGGAUCACGGUAAAAGAUUUGAACGUGAUGGACUUUAUGGAAUCCACUGACGCCGACACUCCUCUCGGUUUGCUGAGAGGUAUAAAGUACGGCACAGAGACGUACCAUGUCCUGUUUAUGAGGCUUUGCAGUUACGCCGGUCUGCACUGUGUGGAAAUCAAGGGCCAUUCAAAAAGUGUUGGAUAUGAACCAGGAAUGAAGAUUCAGCCCGAGAUGUUCCAAAAUACGUGGAACGCUGUGCUGAUUGACGGAGACUGGAGGUUGGUGCAGUGUAAUUGGGGUGCUAGGCAUUUAGUACUUAACAAAGAUCGAAAGAGAGGUGGUUCGUCUAAGAACAAAGAGAAUGGGGUUAAAGAAAACGACUCUGAUAAGAAAGAUGACAAAUCUUCAAAAGCCAAGGACAAAAUCCGUUACCAGUACGAUGAGCAUUACUUUUUGACCGACCCUGACCAGUUUAUUCAAGAAUUCUGGCCAAAAGAGAGCGAGUGGCAGUUACUUGAGGCGCCAAUUGCCCUCGAGGAGUUUGAAGCACUUCCGUUUGUCCGAUCCGUGUUCUUCCACUUUGGGAUGAGAUUUGAUCGAACCAUGCCUUCUGUAAUCGAGACAAACGAACGCGGAGGAGCAGAUAUCCGAAUUAAGAUUCCAGAAAAGUUCGAAAAUGACUUAGUAUUUUAUUAUCAAUUACGUUUCGGUGACGCGGAGCGAAGGCUAGAGGCAACGUACCGCGGAGCAGCCUUAGAGAGAUUCGUAUUUCAGACUACCUUGGAUAAUACGGCAAUGUUUAGUAUUCAUGUGCCAACGACAGGAGAAUACUACUUCGAAAUAUUUGCCAACAAAAUCGACGAAAGCAAUAAAAUUGGUGGUAGUUUGGAUGACACUAUUUCGCCGUUCAGGCUUAAAUGCGCAUGUAAAUUCAAAAUCAGGUGCAAAUCUUUGAAAGGCAAAAUGCAUCCAUUACCAGAUUGUGCUGCAGGUGAAUGGGGUCCAAAGAAAGCUGCCCGCCAUUUUGGAUUACAACCGAUCUAUAUUGACCAUUCUGACACGUCAUCUGAUACCGGAAGUACGUCAAGUAAUGAUUCACCGGAAAAUCCCAAGGCAGGAAUUUUGAAUGUGGAAGAUUCCGUUACGUUAAAGUUCCGAAUGCCGUUGCCGCUACUGUUCGUUGUAAAACUCAAAAUCAACAAUGUGGAACAAAAGCCCUUGGAUGCAUUCGUUUACCAUACAGUAGAUAAUAACAUUCUCACGGUAACAGCGACCAUGCCGCAACUUGGACAAUAUGGCCUUGACAUUUACGCCAAGCCGAAAACUUCAGAGGCCAAAACGCUCUCUCACGCCUGCAAAUACCUCCUUAACGCUGUAAAGGUCUCGAACCCCGUAGAACUGCCGAAAAUUAAUCGCUCAUUUGCGCGUAAAGGAACCGUAGGGCCUUCGUCAUCAUUUGAUGAAAUGGGAAUCCGACUGAAGUCCCACUUAGAUCCUCAAAUCACGAUGGAAGAGAAGGAUUCCGAAACUCAGAUCGAAAUCGAAGUCCCGGAAGAUAUCGAAAUUUCACAUCAUCUCCUCCGGGAACCAGAUGAAGAUUGUAAAGAAUUUGUUAAAAUGGUGAGAAACGGAACCCACGUGAAAUAUAAUGUGAAUCUCGGAAAGCACGGGAACUAUUUGUUCUGUAUCUAUGCGCGGCGUUCAAAGAGUAACGAUAGUUCAAUGGCUAAUGUUUUCAACUAUGUGAUUGCGCACAAGAAAAAGAACCCAUUAUUCGCCUCCCAGCAGAGUAAUGGCUCUGAACAGCCCCAAGUUGUGUUCGAAGAGAAGAAAUCGCAUGGUCUUCUGAGGAAAUCCAUCUUUGGGUCUAAAAAGAAAGACAAAGAUAAGGAAAAGAAAAAGUAAAUCUCAAAAAGCUGAACUUGGACAUUCGUACAUAGGCUCAUAUAAAAAUCAGGAGGGUAGAAUAUUGUUCAUUUCGUUAUUUUUUUACAGAAAGAAGUUGUUUUUUUCUUGUGUUCAAGGAAUAUCCAUUUUUACUUUCCAUACAGUACAUUGAUGCGUUCGUAUUCUCCAUGUUUAUUGUUAGACUAAUGGCAAAUCUUACAUCAGAUUAAGUAUUAUAAGUUAACGAUGCCGGGAAGGCUCGACAGUUUUUGGCACCGUACAUAAACGGUUAUGAUAUAGAAACAUAUCCAAAAAACUUCUAUUCUUUCUAAUGCAUAUAUCACAGAUUUAUUAUAGUUCUCUUAGGGAAAAAAUGUGUUCUUAUUUUGCAGACUGCUUUUUAUGUGUGAAUUUAAUGCUUCUUUCCUAAUAUAUUUCGCCCCACUUUGUUAAACCGCUAACAAAUCCAUUCAUUACUAAAAAAAGAAUUACAAACACCGAGGGCUUGGUGCGAAACUAUUUUAACUCCUUAAUUUCAUACGAGUUACAACCGAUUCACACUAAGCCCUUGAAAUGCUGCGUGAAUGUUGCUUUGUCUUGAUACAAAUACAUGUAUAGUAUAUAAAAUAUAUGCAAAUGAAUAUGCAUAUAUUCCAACAGCUGUGUUGCAUUUUGUUUUGUGUAUUGUUUAUAGUGACAGAGUGGUUGUUUUGUAAAUAUUUGCUUGUCAUUUUCGUUGAAAAUAUGUGAUCAUUGAGGAAUGAAAGUUUAUAAGGUACCAGAGUUUCUGUCCACUGGUGCAAAACAAACAGAGAGUGAAAGGUACAUUUACAGUCCUGUGUGUUAAUGAUAUUAGAUAUUAAUAUGAUAUUUUGUAAGUUAUAAUCAAAAUAUAAUUUAUAUUUUCA